CUUACGAGGAAAUAUAACUUUUCGUAGUAAAACAACGCAAAUAUGUGAAUUUUUAUGAUUACCUGAGCGAAUUACUUUGAAAAAAUGGCCGCCUUACAUCGUCUGAUUUUAGUUUUGGUGUUGAUAGAAAUUGUGAACCCACAAUGUUACCAGAAACCCACAUUGGUCAACCCGUACUCAGUAGCUACUUUAAAUGAAGGACAAUCGUCCAUGAAAGAGAUUACGUGUUUUAGUUGCAUGUGCGACGGUGAAGAGAUGCAGCACUAUGUCAUCGACUUGGUUCGGGUCAACUUCCCCACAUAUUGUAGAGGAUGCUUCACUAUACUCAAUGCCACCAACCCACUACCUAAUUCCAAACCCAAUUUCUGUUUAUUUUUCAUCCCCGGUACGACACCAGUCACCUACAGACGCGGUCCCGUAUUCGACAUGACUGUAAGGUGCGUUGUAGAGAAUACAGCCACGACUACAAUUCCAACAACUACAACGACUACGCAAACAACAACCACCCAAUCUACAGCUACGUUGACUACGGUCGUAACUGUAGCUCCAACAGUGGCUUCCACAGCAGCCACAACAUCUGCUGAUACGGCUACUACUUCAGAGACUGGAACUACAUCGGUAGUGGCGACAACUCCUGGUGUAACAACGACUACGUCAGACACUACUACAACCACUUCCGAAGGACCCACAGUUGUAGGGACUGCUGCAGCGGAAACCACUACAGAUACAGCGACUGCUGCAACAACAACGGACAAUACAACGGUUGUUGAAACGACAACGGGGACCACUGUUGACACGUCGAAGACAACAGCAGAAAACAUAACCGUAUCCAAGAAUGCAGUAUCCGUCAACGAUGGUGGAGUAGUGUAUAAAGUAGAUGCCAUUGAUCCUGAUGGUGAUCCAAUAUUUUACACCAUGUCUGUUGAUCCUCUUAAUUCUAACUUUUACAUUGACGGUGAAGGGAAUAUACGAGCUGCUAAGACGCUGAGAUCUGAAUGUUCAGCCGCAUCCUACGCUUUCACCAUAACGGCUACGGACAACAAACACGAUCCGGUCGGUCCGCACUUGGUCACCGUUCAUCUUACAGGAACAAGCACAGCUCCAACAGCUACAAGACUCAACCAACAAUUCUUCUUCAAAGAAGACACCAGAGUACCUACCUUUAUCACCAGAUGGACUGUCAGCAGCGACACCAAGAAAACCGUCAUGAAAUUUAAACCCGCCAGCGCUAGGACGCUCUUUAGGGUCGUUGGUACAACCAUAAGAACAGCAGCUAAAAUGGACCACGAAAGGUUCCCGAAGAUCAACAUAACCUUCACCUUCAGUAACGAUAACUGUGAAUCCAAGUACUAUCUCCUGAUAACCAUAGGAAACAUCAAUGAUGUACCAGUCCUAACACCACCCGAACAGAGCAUCAAGGUCGACGAGGGGAAGGUGUUUGCUCAGCCCAGCUACACAAUCACCGAUUCCGACUUUAAUGAUCGUCAUACAUACCAUUUCUAUCGAGACAGGAGUCGAGGCUACAACAUCGAUCCAAUAACUGGAGCCAUAUCCCAUCCCACAGGCGUCAUCAUUGACAAAACCGUGGAACAGGACGUCACUUUCGAGGUAGCUGUCACAGAUGAGAAUGGACCAGCCACUUCAAAUAAAGUUUUGGUGAAGUUUCUGAUUCAAGAUAUCAACAACCACGCUCCGGAAUUCUUGGUCAGGUCCUUCACAGAGAGAGUAAUGUCUUGUGCUCUGCCGAAACGAUUGGAUAUAAAAUUAGAAGUAUCCGACCAAGAUUCAUCACAAGAUGGCAAUUCCGAUUGGUCCAUCAUUCCUAUUAGUUCUGGUCCUUUGUCUGUUACACCAGAUGGAGCUGUUUAUCAAACUACAAAUGUUGUUCCAGGAGAAACUUACUUUGUUCAGGCUUACGUUAGAGAUCAUGGCACGAAUCCUGGUUCUUUAACUGGAAUCGUUCCUGUCACAAUAACACUGAUAGGUAUACCCUGUACACCAGCACCAACCCCAGCAGCUGCUGUUGCGACAACUCCAGCUCCCGCAAGUGGUACUGGUACGGGAACAGGAAGUGGUGGAUCCAUCUCAAUCUCCAAAACCGGAUCCAGUUCGAGCUCCAAUUCCAACAGCAACUCAAAUUCAAACAGCAACACAGACGGAACUUCCGGAUCAGCUGCAGCAACCACGGAUGAUGGAUCAGACGACACAGCUGGUAUCGUUCUCGGUAUCCUGUUUGGUCUUCUGUUGUUGGCUGCCUUAGCCUACCUCCUGUGGAAAUUUGUCCUUCCUAGGUUCUGUCCUGGUGCAUAUGACAGUUUGUCAUACUCUUUAUCCAACUGUAGUGAACGAUGCUGCCCACAAAAAUCCAACUAUGUACGUCCAAGAGGAAGACCAGGAGAUAGCUACGACUUUUGGAGAGGGGAAGAUUACAAAUCAGGAAAUAUAACCAAUCGAUCUAAUCGACCAGCUCCUUUCCAGUAUUAUUAGACUAUAGCUUAGCUAAAUUCCGUGGUCGACACCAUGAUCGCAGACUUGUGAAAUUGUAAAUAAAUAGACACAAAGUAAUACAAGUACAAGUAGCUGUAAAGUACGUAGAUCCUGGACGUAUGAACACUUGAUGAAGAUAACUAGUUGAGCAUAAGGACCUCAUCAUCCAAAGUGAUGUUCAUUGCCUGAGGUUUUAAGCAUGACCCUUCAUAUAAUAUAAUCUUAAUAUUUUGCCGUGAUAUUCUAAUGUGCCAAAUAAAUAAUUAUU